UAAUAAUAAAUUUAAUAAUUUCAGAAAAAAAGGAAAAGAAAGCAACCUUCAAAAUCGUCUAAUCCAAACUCUCAGGCCUCAAAAACUUCAACACUUCAAAUAACCAAAACAUGAUUUUCUUGGAUGAUUCUCCCUCUCACCCACCAAUUAAAAUUUCUUGAUGUUUCUUUAAUUUGUUGAAAAGGCUUUCUUUUUUUCUUUUUUCUUGAAAUAGAGGAGGGGAUAAUUAAGAUUCAAGAAAGAAACAAGAAUGUCAAUUAUAGCAGCGAAUUCCCACAUUUUGUACAGAGAAGCAGUCUAUAAUUACCAACAGCAGCAGCUGCAGUUACGAAGUAGCAGCGGUGGGAGUUGCUGCUCCAGCUUUUUAGUGCAAAGAACUUGUGGAUUCUUUGAUCUUAGAAAUGGAAAACCAAAAGGGAUUUCCAAAAGAGACAUGAAACUCGAAGCUUUUUGGGCUGAUAUGACAGAACCCACAUCUGUAGAGAUGGAAGCCAUCAACGAUUCUGAUCAGCUCGAUCAAAUCCUAAUCCAAGCGCAGCAACUCUCACAGCCUAUUCUCAUUGACUGGAUGGCUUCUUGGUGUCGAAAAUGCAUCUAUUUGAAGCCCAAGUUAAAGAAAUUGGCCGCUGAAUUUGAUACCAAGAUAAAGUUUUACUAUGUGGACGUGAACAAGGUACCACAAGCUCUAGUCAAGCGUGGAAACAUCUCAAAAAUGCCCACAAUUCAGCUAUGGAAGGAUGGAGAGAUGAAAGCAGAGGUAAUUGGAGGGCACAAGGCUUGGCUUGUGAUUGAAGAAGUGAGAGAAAUGAUCCAAAAAUUCAUAUGAUAAUUGUAUGUAAUAUCUUCAUUUCUCUUCUAGUUAAGCAUAUGUAUAUAAGAAUUCUUUCCAUCUAUUUUUAUAAGGGUUUUUCUUAUUAAAAAGAAAAAGGGAACAAGUCUAGUUAUCUGCAAUUUUGAUGUAAAGAGUACUACUACUGCCAUUUUUCUUGAGGGAUUAUACAUGCAAUACACAGAUAUUUAUGGGUCUCAAAA